AUGAAAUGCAACAAGAAUGGACAGCACCCGAAGCACAUGUUGAAAGCAGGUUCCUCUCAAUCCACAUCAGCACACCUUUCCGAUGAUGCAUCCUCCAACCUGUUGAUCAUCUCUGGUACCAGUGCUUGUAAACUUGGUGCUACUACCAACCAUUACAAUACAAGAGAACCAACGCUUGGUGAGAAGGCACUACCACUAAAAUCUUCAAACACUUCUGGAAUUUCAAAAACAGCACGUCCACACCAGCACUCUCAUCCAAAAUUAUUAAAUCUUUCAACACAUUCCGAUAUGAAAGCUUCUUCAGACGAAACAGCACAGGAAGCUCAACAACUCCUUAAUCAAUGGACCAUACAACAUAAUGUUGGAAAAUACUUUGCAAUGGAUUCCGAUCAAGUAACGUUGCAACCUAAUAAUUUGAUAUCGAACAUUGUGACAGGAAAUUCCUCGUCCAUGUUUAAAAAUGUUUCUUCAGAAACAAGUACAACGACAGAAAAUACUCCUUCAAACUAUCUUGAAAGAGUAAAAUCUAAGAAACCCUCCCAACUUUCUCAAUGGGAAAAAUUAAGAAUUUCAAUGGAGAGGAAAAAACAACCAACUCUACAACUUGUGGACAAUAUUGAAGAAUGUAAAAAUACAAACAUGUCUGUAAAUAAUUUAUGGAGUCCAACUUGUAAUGAUUUAAGAAAAGAUGAAAAACAUGAAUCAUCCUUGUUUCAGUACAAACCUUUGAGUGAAUGUAUCAGCGAUCAAAGUACUACAUACGAGACUCAAAACUAUUCGACAGGUGUACUAUUAACAACAAGUAAUACUCCUGUGAAAGAUCCUACAAUGAGUGAUUCCGUAGAACAACAAUUGCAAGCUUUCAGAUUCAAACUGUUAGGAAAGGAUUACAAAAUGGAAGAAAAAACUGUCUCAAAAAAACCUUCCGUUCAAAAAACCCAGGUGUCUCAAGCUCCUUCAAAAAUCACAGACACUGCUCCCAAAACAAAUUAUAUCACAAGUCAGAAAGAAAUAUUUAUUGCAGAAAAUGAAAAACGAAUAGCAGAAGAAGAGGUUCAGAAAAUUAAGCGACAGUUGGAAGAAGAAAAGAACAAACUAAAACAAGUUCAACAAAUGAAACAACAAGAACUGAAAACAAUUCAACAACAUCAACAAAUCAAAGAUGAGAUGGAGAAAGUCAAACAACAACAAUUGAAAGUGCUGAAAGAGCAUGAGAAAGAGCGAACUGAAAUGUUGCAAAAAAUAUCUGAAGAAAUCUUGAGGAACAAUAAUUUAACAUUGAAGAGCAAGAUAUUUAAUUUGUGGAUGAAAAAGAGUGCAAAACGAUUUCAAUUAUUGUUAAAAGCAAAGACUCUCUUUCAGUGGAAAGUUAAAAAAAAGGCCUUCAAAGCACUUUACCAAAAUUGCAAACUGAAAAAAGAGGUCUUUGAAAAACAACAAAUAGAAAAGAUGUUAUUACUUGAAAAGAAACGAAAUCAAGCAGCAGAUCAAUUUUAUCGAAGUCGGUCUCUCUCCUCAUGUUUUCUCAAAUGGGUAUGUCAAUACAAAAUUGCAAGAGAUCGAAAAAUUAUUGAGAGACAACAUUUGAGAAGAAGGGACAUGAUGAAUCAUUUUAUUGAGAAGAUGAAAAAACAACAAGAGGAAGUAGCCCUUCAUGACACCCCUAAUCAUCAUUCAGUGAGUUCAUUGUCUUGCACUACGAGUGAUAAUAAUAAUAUUAACCACCACAACAACACCAACACCAACAACAACAAUAAUACUCACAAGCAUCCUAAUAUCAAACAUCAGCAGAGAAAUGAUCAUGCUGGUGAACACAAACAAAGACAGGUAUUGAAAAAAUCCACAAAGACUCUUCAAGAUGUUGAAGAAAGUAUGACCAACCUUAACAACAGCAAUGAGAAUACCAUCACUAGGAAAAACGAAGAGAAUAUUCUUCAUGGUUUGCCUUCCAAUCUCACAGCGGUACCUUCCACAUGCCAUGGUGAGUCAUUGUGUGUUGUGGAACAUUCACAGAAUCAUCUCACCUCACAUUCAGAACCUUCCAUACAGGACAAUAACAUUCAUGUUGAACGAAUAGCAUCAUCCAAUCAAGUAACCAUGACGUCAUCAUCACCACCACCAUCAUGUACAAGUAACAAUGAUAGUCAUGAAAAGUUCACAAAGAAACACUCUCAUCUUCCACAAACUCCAUCCUUCCUAAAAGCAAUGGAAGAACGAGUGAACGAAAGAAAAGAACGAUGGAAACAACUUCAAGAAAAGUACAAAUUACAAGAAGAGAGCAAGGAGAAAUUAAAACAAGAAGAAGAAAAGAAAAAAUUAGAAGAAGAAUUGGAACGUAAAAAAGCACUCCUGGAAGAGAAACGACGAGAAAAAGAAUUACUCAAACAAAAAGCCUUAGAACAAGAAUUGCAACGACAAGAAAAUAUUCAGAAAAGAGAAAAGGCACACAAUCAUUAUUUGAAUACUUUGGCACGAAAUCGAAUUUUGAAACCUCUCAAACGCUUGGUGCAACAAGUUCAGAAGAAGGAACGUGAAAUGGAUCACAUCUAUCAUUUGAAACUUGUCAAACUAGUAUUUAUUGCUCUACGUGCCAAUGUCAUGGAAGAAUUGGAAUUGAAAAGAGUCAUGAAACAACAAUGUAUUGACCGUAGAAUUGAAGCCAUGGAGAGGAAAUUCAUGUCUCGUGCAUUCAAAGGAUUGAAAAUGAAUGUAAAGAAGAAUCAACAAGUUAUGCAAGAUGCCAUAGAACACUAUUCUUGUUCUCUGUUCACAACAUAUUUCACUCAAUGGAAAAUUCGAUACAAGAAAACAAAAGAGAGAAGACUCAUUAGGAAAUAUGAAAAUAACAAGAAGGCAGAACAAUUCUAUGAAAUGUAUUUAUUGAAACGUUAUUUUAGAAACUUGCAACAAGCAGUGAUUGAAUCUCGUAUUCAAAAAGAAAAGGAAGAACAAGGAAAAGUAUUGAAAGAAAAGGUUAAACAUUGGUUGAGUGAUUUUAGGCUCAAGAAGGACAUUGAUUGGUCCAGUAGUAGUAGCGAAGAUGAAGGAGCUGUUGAAUGA